AUCAACCUCACUCGAUGAUCAUGAGAGAGAAGAGGUAGCAGAAUAAGAUACCAGUGAUUGGAGUCCAGAUAAAGGACAAAGACAAUUCACUUCUCUUACAGUGAAUUCACGGAACGAUCGCUGAAUUUCCAGCCAUCACAUGGCUCCAGGCACUAUAUCCACCUGCACCAUUGAGUUUGGAAGGAACGAGGAUGGCCAUAAAGCCACCCACCUUCCAUUCCCAUUGCACUUCAGAAUCUUCACCGAUAGAUCAGAGCAUCAGAUUAGCAAUCUCUUCGUCAAAAUGAUUGCUGUUAUCUGCAAUUCGCUUUGAACGACGGUCUCAGCAUCUGCGCCGCAGUCAAAAUGCCUGUUUAUUUGAAGUGCAAGGUCCAGGGCUGCGAUGCCGAGUUGGUGAAUGGCAUGGUUGUCACCUCUUGUAUGCACAUCCUCUGUAACCAAUGCGCCAUCACCCAUGGCUUCGGAAAUGAGCCACCAUGGAGCUGCCCGGUGUGCAGAAAACAUCUUGAGGAAGAAGAAAUCUGCAAUCAUCAGGACUGGGAAUCAUCGGUUCAAGAUGCGGUCCAGUUGAUGUAUGGGCUCAGCCCAACAAUGAUCAUGGAAGCUGCUUCAAGUGCGAUGGCGUUCUGGUCACAGCAACUAGAAGUACAAAUGUCAGUUGCUCCCUCAUAUACCUAUCUUUUUGACAGCUACAUGCUCACUGCAAAAGAUCAAAGGACGGUCGAGAAAAGGCGGAAUUGUCGAGAACCUGUGCUGGCUGGAAAGCUAAAUAUGAUGCAAUACAAAGGGAGGAGGAAACUAUUUCGCGCCAGUGUGAAGAUCUCAACAGAGAUCUGGAAAAAAGAAAUAAAGAACUGCUACAUUUUCGGAGUGUCUACGACAAACUCAAAAAGAAGUGUCGAGAACUUCAGGAGCAGCUCUAUCAGAUGCGUGCCGAGGAAGGGACAUCACAACGAGAGCAAGUCUCCUCAGGCCGUCUUCGCCCAAGAGAUCUUCCACAAGCAGGACAUGGAGUCAGAGAUACAAGACUGCCGCGCGCUGCAUUUUCAGGGGCCGACCGGAUCAAUAGGCCCAGAUAUGUGA